CUGUUCCACUCGCUCAUGUCUCCAGUCGCGCUGAACGAUGCCCCGCCUCCACCAGCGAAGGGGUCUGCACUAGCUAUCGGCUCCCUUGCCACUGCGCAAGAUGGGAAGUAUCAGGGCCUCAUCGCGGAUUUGGAGGCGACCAGGAAGGUGGAUAGACAGAUGCUUGACAGACUAGUCGACGGUGCAACCACACUAGAGGCUUCCUCAUACUCGACUGUUCACAUCACACUCUCCACUGCCGAAUAUGACUCUCUUCUCCCUAAAAUACAGCCUCUGCUUGUCCAGCUCCGCGACGGCCUCCAGCCGCUAGGGGCGCUUCACAUUCACAACGCCCCGAAAUCUGAGUCAUUGACAUCUGAGCUGACACUUUCCGGCUUCACGAUCCUCUCUACCGACAACAACACCGCCCUGAUCGCACAAAAGCCGGCACAAAAUAUUGCCCCCACACCCCUUGCGCUUCCGCUCAAGCGCAAGAAGAUGGAUGCCGCUGCGAAAAAAGCGUUGUGGACACUGACGCCUGCUCCGAAUACCCCGCUUGUCGAUGCUGAGGCCCUUCUCACGGACGCUGACAGGGCUCGACCGGUGCCUACCUGUGAGCCUGUCAAAGCAGGCGUGCCAAGGCGGAAGAAAGCGUGCAAAAACUGUUCGUGUGGGCUGCGGGAGCUAGAGGAGGCUGAAAUGCGGGCGAGCAAGGUUGUUAUCCUUGAUGGGUCAGUCGACGGGGAGGCAGUAGAGGUGUCGCAGGACGAACGACAGAGACUGGUAGCAGCAGCAAAGGCAGCGCCAAAGGCCACAAGUAGCUGUGGGAGCUGUUUCCUCGGGGAUGCAUUCAGAUGCGCCAGUUGCCCAUAUCUUGCUCCCGACUUCGUUUUUGAAUCUUCACUUCAUCCUCAGUUUUGGUUCGUUGCGUAUCCAGUGACGUGCUACCAUUACCGUCCGACCUACUUUCAGUCCUCCAAGCCGCGAUGGCAAGCUCGCAAUGUGCCGUCUGCCCCCAACCUGCAAAAUACACCUGCCCUCGCUGCGCCACUCACACGUGCUCCCUGGGUUGCUCCAAAGCGCACAAAACAAACACGCAAUGCUCUGGAGAGCGCAACAAGGCCGCAAGAUGUGGGGCGGAAAGUUGGUGACUGGGGCAGCGAGAUUGCGAGAGCAGGCGGCGCGAGGCCAAAGCGGGAAAUUCUCAAAACUGAGUUGGAAACUAUGGACAUCGAGAUGGAGUUGUUGCCUGUUGGGAUGGAGCGUGCGAAGCACAAUCAGUCUCAUUGGGACUCUGGCACUCGUUCUGCUGGGCUAACGUUAGAAUUUGUGUUCCCCUCUGAAACCCCGUAUACUCUGCUUACACAUCGGAAUCCUCUGUCUACUCCGCUACUCGUGUUACUACAAAAACAUGUUUCCGGACGGAAAACGCCGGAAUGGGUACAAACCCUCGUAUGUCCAGACGCCGACGUGCCCGAAAAUUUUGUGCCGCCCCAAUGCGUGAUGCGUGCCCGUGGUACCCCCGGAUACUUUCGAUUCGACGUGUCGCAAGAUUUGAAGACACUUUUGCGACACAAAAGCUUCGUUGAAUACCCGACCAUCGAAGUUUGGGACGAGUUUCGUGGCACUGUGGUGGAUGGGGUUGGCGCGGUCACCCAGGAAGCUGAACGGCCAGCCAAACGGCGGAGAAUAGACAAGAAGGCGGGUGGGCUGGCUAUCGCGGGGCUCUUGGACGGUUAUGGGAGCAGCAGCGACGAUUCAGAGCAAGUCGAUGAAGAAGAGAAGCUGGACGGUUUAGAUAUGCUUGGAGGUUAUUCGGGAAGCGAAGACGAGGAGGAUAUUCAACUUGAGCCAGCCGCAUUGCUUGAGUUGAUGAGGCAGGCAAGAGGAGACGCGAAUUGGACACCCGAUAUGGAGGAACAAGAAGAUGAAGCAAUUGACUGGGGCGAUGACUAG